AUGACUCAUUUAACUAGCUUUACGGGUAUCCAACUCGAACUGUUUCUUUUCACGGUCAUCUUCGUUACACAUUCCAUCUCAUAUCAACUCACCAUGGCCCUCCCACCUGAUGCCCUCGAGCUCAAGGGCGGAUGUCUCUGCAAAGCCGUUCGUUAUAUAAUCAAAGUGCCUCAUGCAGAAAAGCGCGGUGUCGCCAGGGUCAUGAUGUCCGCAAAGCCUACGGACACGCAAGGGGAAAGUGAAGAUAACAACGGGAAGCCAGCGUAUGUCAACUUCGAUUUCCCCUUGCUCUCUCUCGACCACUGCAGUGAUUGCCGCCAUGCUGCCGGAACACCAGCACAGGCGUGGAUUAUCUGCCCCCAAGAAUGGAUAGAGUGGGAUGUGGAGCUACUGUCUCCGUCAAAGGAUGGAGUAGAGCGUGUAAAGCAGACAACACUCGAAGCAUGCUCGAAGGACGGACGAGGUCUCUACGAGGACAAGUCGAACUCAUCCCAGGUAUCAACUUACCAGGCGAAAUAUCCGUCCUCAGAGGACGUGACUCGGACUUUCUGCUCACGAUGCGGUACAAACCUGACUUAUUUUGCCAAACGACCUGCCUCGGACCCUAAUGGUGUGAUAGUAGAUGUUACGAUUGGCAGCAUGGACGACGAGAGUAGUGCGAUAGCCCCGCCUAACCGACAGGCAUGGUGUGAUUCUGGAGUCGGAUGGUUCAAACAGCUUGUCAGAGAGGGUGGCCCAGAGAGGUUGUGGACUAGGAAUGCUAAUGAAGGCUAG